CAGGACAUCGUUCGGACUGUUCAAGGCUUCUGCAAAACACCGCGGGGAAGAAGACGCAGAGCUGUGAGCCGGGAGUUGUGUGCAGAGAGGCACGGAGGGAUCCCCGAGAGGCCUCGGAGAGCUGCGCUUACCCUGCUCUCCCUGCCCGUCAAGGAUGUCCUGCUCCAGCCUGUGCGUGCCCAGCUGCGGCGUGGCCACCCCGGCCCCUCUGGCUGACACCUGCAACCAGCCCUGCGUGCGCCAGUGCCCCGACUCCACGGUGGUCAUCCAGCCUCCGGCCUCGGUGGUCACCUUCCCCGGGCCCAUCCUCAGCUCCUUCCCGCAGCACAGCGCCGUGGGCUCGGCCGGAGCUCCCUACGUCGGAGCCGGCUCCGGGGGCUCCUUUGGGGGCCGCGGGGGUUCUGGGGGCUCCGGCGGCUCCGGGGGUUAUGGGGGCUUUGGAGGCUUUGGUGGCUUUGGGGGCUCUGGGGGCAGCUGCGGCCGCGGUUCCCGCUCCCUCGGGGGUUUCUGCGGGCCCUGCUAAGGCCCCGAUCCCCCGCAGCUCGGUGCUGCCCGUGCCCGCGGGACGCACCCCCGGCCCCCGCUGUCCACCCGGGCCGGGCCGGAGCUGCCGCCGCUGCUCGGGGCUGGCCCGGCAGCCCCGGGAUCUGCGGGGUCGCUGUCGCCUGCCAGGGUGACCCUGCAGAGCCUCGGGGGCUCCCGGCGCUGCCCCCAGAGCUGCCCCCUCUCCUCGCUGCCGGCUCGGCCGAGGCUGUGCCCACCCCCGAGCCCCCCAGGCCGCCCUGGCGCGGGGGGAGCUCCGCGCUGCAGCCCCGGUGCUGCCUCGGGGUCUCCGCGUUCGCAGCGCGGUGCUGCUGUGCUGGUUUGUGUCUCGCUGCCGCUGCCUGUGGCCUUUCCCAUCCUUAAAUAAAGGAUCUGCAUU